AAGUCUGUCUCAUUUUUUAAUAAUCAAAUCUGCUGUCAAGAUGUUGUCUCUGCUCCGUUUAGCCUCGUUCGUCGUCGCUUGCCUGCUCCUGGCCGGCACCAGCACUAACGCCUUGAAAAUCAUUUCCGUCAACAACGGAGAAGUGCAAGGCAUUUGGGGCAAAUUGGAAGUUUGUCCGGACGGAUCGGCCGCCAUCGGUUACCAAACGCAAAACGACCAGCUGGACGUUCCGUUGCAUGACAAAACGGCCCUCAAUUCCAUCCGGCUCUUUUGCAACGACACCCAAGGCACCAACAUCACCUCCACACUCGGAGAUACGGGCAUUUGGGAGUUGAGACUCAAUUGCCCGGCAGGCGAGGCCUUGUCUUCGUUCCGUCUUCGAGUGGAGCCGUACGAUUCGGCCAAUUCCGACAACACGGCCGUCAACAGCAUCCAGUUCAACUGCACCGACGGAUCGCUGCUCAACUACAACGGAAAUACGGCCGGAAUUUGGGGCGAAUUCAGCGCCGAUCAAUGCGAGACGGGCAUUUGCGGAUUGGAAACUCUUGUCCAGCCGUUGGGUGGCAGUUUGACGGAUAACACGGCCGUCAACGACGUCGUCUUCAUUUGUUGCUGAAUAUACUUAAUAGCAUCAUUCUUAUUGAUGAUUCGUGAUCUUUAAUAUUAGGCUAUUCUAAUAAUAAAUAAUUGAUGAUGUAAUACAAAUGUUAAUGAUA